AGGAAGAGAACAGGAGAUCCCAGACACUUGACUUCAACCACAGCUGCCAUCUCCAGGUCAAAACAGAUCACACCAAAAAAUGAAGGGCUCAAUACCCUGUACUAAAGCAAGUUUCCUUCUUUUUGUUUUAUUGCAAACAAGUUUGAUUUUGUAUGCAAGUGCACAAAAUGCCACAAAUUCCACAGUCAGCCCAACGACUGCUGUUAAUGUGACCUCACUGACUAUUCAGACUUCAAAUACUACAGUGGCUUCCUCAGUCAUUAACGGCACAAACUCAACAACGGUAUUCUGUCCAGUCUCCUCUUGUAAUUACUCAGCAUGCUACAGUACAUUCACAAGCACAAAUGUCACCACGUGCUCAACUCCUGAAAGUUUUUGUGAGCUGAGAAGAGAUGGAGAUCGGAUGUAUUCAGUGAGGUGCACAAGCACCUGCCUCAGUGCCUGUACGAACACCUCUCAGAACAACUGCUCCAUUAAUUGUUGCUCCAACAGUUGUGUCAACUCCACUCUCAACAGCCUACUCAACAAUUCCAACAUAAUGACUACAACAACAGCAGCAACUACUACACCCUCCACCACUACUGCCUCCACUGCAAAGGACACUACUGUUGCAUCCACCAUCAUGGCAACCAAUGGCAAGAAGUGCCAGAAGUUUAGCUGUACUGGAAAGGACUGUUAUAAAGGCAAUACCGAUGUUGUGUUGUGUGCUCCUGGUCAGAACUUCUGUAUGCUGAAGAUGACACAGGAUGUAACGGUGACAACCUGGACAGCAUCCUGUAUCGAGGACUGCAGAAAAGAGACAGUGUGCACCCCCACCUCCAACAACUGCAUCCAAGAGUGUUGUAAUGCUACCACCACAAGCUCCUGCCUCAAGCUGAACGGUGAAGUGAAUGUUGUCGGCUCUGGUACUAUGGCUCCAUUCUCUCACCUGCCACUUUUGGUAUCUUCAUUCUUCCUCUGGUUGCUAAUGAUGGGCAAAUCUGCAAAUUAGAUUAUAAGUGUCCAAUGAGCUUGAGCACUAGCUGUUGAUCACUGAUGGGACAUACUGUGUGUGUGUGUGUGUGUGUGUGUGUGUGUGUGUGUGUGUGUGUGUGUGUGUGUGUGUGUGUGUGUGUGUGAGAGAGAGAGAGAGAGAGAGAGACAAGAAUUUUGUGCUAUUUAUUUAACUGCAUGUCAACUGAAGCAUAGACGCAACAUGUUCUAUAAAGAGAGGAAAUAUAGCAUAUCAUUCAGAAAUGUCUAUAAUUUAAUGAUGCAUAAUCCUUAUCUUAAGCUACAAGCAGCAUUGUGAGAGCAAUUGCAUUAGUGCUGGUUAAUUCUUUACAUAGAAAUAUAGAUUAAUUGUCUAUCUUAAUUUAGCAUGUUUUCUUUACCAUUUGCAUAUGACAACAUGGCUUGUUUUGCAGCAGUACAAUUACUUAGGGCCUUUUUGAUUGGAAUCCAUUAUUUUUAGAUGUUUGGGUAAUGUGGAUCACAUUACCUGUCAAGCUGUCAUUCUUUCUCCUGCCAAAGCAGCUACUCCAAACCUAACAAUCAAAACAAAAUGUUUUAAGGCACACCCAUUAAUGCUGUUUGACAGAACACUGAUAUCACCAACAUACAGAACUGACAGGCAAACAGAAAUGUAAAUAUAUAUAUGCACACUUUAUACUUUAAUGCUAGCUAAAUGUAGUCUGAACAAUAUUUGCAUAUGUGAAAUUGCUGUGUGGCAGAAGACUUUUAGCUAAAACCAAAAUCCAAAAAGGGUUAUUUUUGAACAGACAGCUAUUGCCCUAUAAGAUUGGAUAAACAUGUCGAUAUUUU